AAAAGUGAGAGGAAAAAAGAGUGCUCUCUCUAACGGGACUCAUCUCCAUGGAUGAUAGGUUAGCUAGCUAGCUAACCUCCUGAACGGAUUUAUUCAUAAAAGAGUGAAGAUGCAGUUCAUGCUGCUGUUCAGUCGCCAGGGCAAGCUGCGGCUGCAGAAAUGGUACGUGCCCCUGUCUGACACCCAGAAGAAGAAGAUUUCCCGUGAGGUGAUACAGAUGGUGCUGGCUCGCAAGCCCAAGAUGUGCAGUUUCCUGGAGUGGAGGGACUUGAAAAUCGUCUACAAGAGAUAUGCCAGCCUGUAUUUCUGCUGUGCUGUGGAAGACCAGGAGAAUGAACUGAUAACCCUUGAGAUCAUCCACAGAUAUGUAGAGCUGCUGGACAAGUAUUUUGGCAGUGUUUGUGAACUGGACAUAAUCUUCAACUUUGAGAAAGCAUACUACAUUUUGGAUGAGUUUAUACUGGGUGGAGAAGCUCAGGAGACUUCGAAGAAGAUUGUGUUGAAGGCCAUUGAACAGGCAGAUAUGUUACAAGAGGAAGCAGAAGCACCACGCAGUGUCCUGGAGGAGAUUGGACUCACAUAGACCUUGUGAUGUCUCCUUUGCCCAAUAAGAAACACAAAUUUCUUGCUUUAUUCUUUAAGCUGGUCCUCAUUUACAGUAUUUAGAAGCGUCAGUCACUAAACAGGUGUGUUGUCAACAUCUUGUAUCAUAAAAAUGACAGUGCCUGGAUUUAGACAAAUGUCCAAGGGAAAUUACCAUACUAACUUGUUUCUUAAUGUUUUCAUUUCAUUCUACAGGUUUCUUAAAACACUAUCUGAAAAUGUAGCUUUUAGUUUUCAGAGUCAUUAUGUGUAUGACUGUGAGAAACCAUAGCCAACUGUUAACCUAGAACAAUUCUGCUUGCUAAUUUAGAACAGUUCUUCAUUAACAUGCCAUAUUACCUCACGUUGUGCCCUCCACUGCCUUAAAACUCACUUUCACAGUUGGUGUAUUUGGCCAGCGUCUUAUGCAACUUGGUGAAAGUUGAAUUCAUUUUUUUGCUCAAUGGAGACUAAUUGUAUCUGUGUAUAAGAAAUGGAAACAAGUGUUGGGGACCAAAUAUUCUUACACUGACUAGGAAAAAGGGGAAUAAUAUAAACUGAACAUAGAAAGCAAGGCAGGCUUCUAAGAAUCUAAGGAGAAAUAUGGGACAAAAAGUCAUGAGUGACUUAGCCUUCAGUGGUCAGUAUUAUUUGGAAAAAAGGUAUAUAUGUCAGUAUUAGAAAAGGCAUAACUGAUAACACUAAAUGUUUACCAUGUACUGUGAGCAUUAUAGUUAAGAACAUGCAUUGUGUUGUCAAGAAGGUAUUUCAUGCAAGAUUGUCAGUUAACUAGGUAACCUAAAACCUGCACAGUCAUUAGUGUUAGUUUUGUUUUUCAGAGUGUUUGCAAAAGGAUAAUUCUGUUCAACCUUAACAGAGAUGAUGUAUAUUCUUGUCAUUUUCCAUUGUCAUAUGUCAUUAUUGUGCACUGAAACAGCUCAAGAGAACACACUGACUUUUAAGCCAUAAUCUUAGACUGUCCAAUAGGAGAAUAGAUAAGCAAUAUUGGACAGUCUUACCUGUUGUCUAAAGUAAAAUGUCUAACUGCUAACUUCAUGAAAUACCCUCCAGGUUUCAGUUUAUUUUACAUGCCAAAGAACCUGCAUCUUGCUUCUAUCCUUUUUGUAUCAAUGGUAUUCAGAUUUCACUGUGAUACACUAUGUAGCCUAUCUCUUGGAAAUACUAAGGUCCUUCAAAAUAAAAUGCAAUUUUCUUAAUG